AUGAAGACAGCUUCGUACAUUCUCGCAGCAGCAGCGACCCUUACCGGAGUCGAUGCUUACUGGAAGGGCUUCAAUGUCCAAGCUACUCGAGCAGAUGGGCAAUGCAAGACCCAAGCCGACUGGGAAAGAGAUUUCAAUGCGAUGAAAGGUCUCCCCGGCGGCUUCAGCAGCAUGCGCGUCUAUGCCUCGUCGGAUUGCAAUACACUCGCGAACGCGGUCCCGGCUGCUAUCAAUACUGGUGGGCAAAUAUUGGCCUCCGUUUGGACACAGGAUGAAGGGCAUUUCGAGCGAGAGAAACAGGCUCUGCUAUCUGCAACUCAACAACACGGAACGGGCUGGCUAGUAGCUGUCACGGUUGGCAGCGAGGAUUUGUACAGAAAGGAGACUUCGGCAAGCAGAUUGGCAGAACAAAUUUACGACGUCCGGGGAAUGCUCACAACCGUGAAUGGUGGUUCUUCUAUUCAGGUCGGGCAUGUCGAUACGUGGACUGCGUGGGUUGAUGGAGCAAACAAGGCCGUGAUUCAAGCAUGCGACUUCGUUGGCACAGACGGAUACCCAUACUUCCAGAAUACCCAGGCAAACAAUAUCGACCAAGGUUACAAUCUGUUUUGGGAGUCUACUCAGGCAGUCAGAGAUGUGGUCAAUAGAGUGAAGCCGGGAGCUUGGGUUUGGAUAACAGAGACCGGAUGGCCAACUGCUGGCCCUACAGAGAACCAAGCCGUUCCUAGUCUUACCAAUGCGCAGCAAUAUUGGUCGAGUGUUGCAUGUUCUGCGUUCGGAUCUGGACACACUUUCUGGUAUACACUUCAAGACUUCUCGGCUAGUCCCUCCUUUGGUGUCCUCGAUGCGAACUACAACCCUAAAUACAACUUGGCUUGCUAA